UUUACGUGGAUUUGCAAAAGCCACAGGAGGAGUAACGAUUCAGACAGAACCACGGUGGUUUACCCCUCUGAGAGCUGCCGCUGGCUUUUUCCACCCUUUCUCCCUUUGGCAGGCUGCAGCCAUGGGGCCAGACAACACGCCUUAUCUAAAAUCUGAAUCUUCAGACGAAGAUUUCGGAGUCGUGGAGGUGAACGUCGACCUGGAGUCCGAAUCCGGCGACAGUUUGACCGACUCCGACCCGGAGGACACCGCGCAAGCACAGAGAAACAGAUCCGACAAGCGUUUCCCCUGCCCCACCUGCGGCAAGCUGUUCGACAGGCCGUCCAAGGUGAAGCGGCAUAAACCCGUCCACGAGAAGAAGCCGAAGAGGCUGUACCAGUGUCAACAGUGCGAGAAGAGCUUCACCCAGGAGGAGAAGAUGAUCCGACACCAGAAUUACCACAACAGGACCAAUAAGCAUCCCUGCCCCGACUGCGGCAAAGUCUUCAACAGGCCCUCCAGGCUCGCCAGGCAUUCGCGCACUCACUCGAGGACGCCCAAGGUGCCUCACACGUGCUCGUUCUGCAUGAAGACGUUCAAUAAGCUUCACAAGCUCAUCCGCCACGUGCGCGUUCACACGGGGGAGAAGCCCUACACCUGCCCCGUCUGCGGGAAGGGAUUCUCCGAGGCGGGCCACUGCAAGGCGCACGAGAAGACGCACGAGGAGCAGCCGGAGAAGCCGUACCGCUGCAUCGACUGCGGCAUGCGCUUCUUCAAGUCCUCCUCGCUGCAGCGCCACUUCCGCUCCCACACGGGGGAGAAGCCCUUCAAGUGCGCCCUGUGCGAGUGCAGCUACUCCCGCUCGGAGGGACUCAAACGACACAUGAGGAAGCACACGGGGGAGCGGCCGUACAAGUGCGUCGUCUGCAGCAAGGGCUUCUACUCGCCCCAGGACGUCAGCAUCCACAAGCGCAUCCACACGGGCGAGAAGCCCCACCUGUGCACCGUGUGCGGCAAGUGCUUCUCGCAGCUGAGCAACCUGAAGGAGCACGAGCAGAACGUCCACAUCAGGUCGGAGACGUACGUCUGCAACGUGUGCGGCGCGGCGUUCAACCGGUACAACUCCAUGAUGAAGCACCAGCACGUGCACACGGGGGAGAAGCCGUACGAGUGCCUCGCGUGUGGGCGCAGGUUCUCCUGGAGCCAUUCCCUCCACCGCCACAGAAGGACUCACGCGCACAAGCAGGCGGCGGCGGAGGCUUCGGACGGCGUGGAAAACUUCGCAGGACCGUCUGAAGACCCCAAAAGCUGUAAACCCGAUUAGAUUCCUGAAGGGGAAAUCAAGCCGUUCUCUAGUUUUACUGUUUAUUUACUUCUUUGGACCGCAAUGGUGAGCUCUACACUGCAAAAACGGAUCUAAAAAUAAGCAAAAUGUUCUUAAAGUUAGUGUAUUUAUCCUUGAUUUGAGCAGGUAAA